AUGUAUGUGAAAUGGGUUGAUACAGUAAUGUUAUACUAUGUGAUUUUAGUGAUUUUAGUGAAUGUCACUUUUUGUCAUUUUCAAAUUUCCCGACGUUCCGUCCCCCGUACGUCCCGACGCUCGCAGGGGACAGAACCCAGAUGACAGAUGCCGGCAUCCGCCGGAUUACAUUGCCGGGGACACUGCAGGAGGGACAUCGCGGGAGCGCAGGACAAGGUAAGUGAAGAACAGAUGCCGGAGCAGCGCCGCAUGGUAUUCCCGAGUGUAGCUCAGGGUUACCGCUUGUGCUACACUCGGGAAUACCGCCAGGGAGGUUAAGGCAA